GGGUCCGGGGGGAGCAGAUAGAUAUAGUGAAUGCAGGGUCCGGGGAGAGCGGAUAUAGUGAAUGCAGGGUCCGGGGAGACCAGAUAUAGUGAAUGCAGGGUCCGGGGAGACCGGAUAUAGUGAAUGCAGGGUCCGGGGAGACCGAUAUAGUGAAUGCAGGGUCCGGGGGACCGGAGAUAUAGUGAUGCAGGGUCCGGGGGGACCAGAUAUAGUGAAUGCAGGGUCCGGGGAGAGCAGAUAUAUAGUGAAUGCAGGGUCCGGGGGGAGAGCAGAUAUAAUAUAGUGAAUGCAGGGUCCGGGGAGACCAGAUAUAGUGAAUGCAGGGUCCGGGGAGACCAGAUAUAGUGAAUGCAGGGUCCGGGGAGACCAGAUAUAGUGAAUGCAGGGUCCGGGGGAGCAGAUAUAGUGAAUGCGGGGUCCGGGUGAGAGCAGAUAUAGUGAAUGCAGGGUCCGGGGAGACCAGAUAUUGUGAAUGCAGGGUCCGGGGAGACCAGAUAUAGUGAAUGCAGGGUCCGGGAAGACCAGAUAUAGUGAAUGCAGGGUCCAGG